CAAACUUUUGGAGGCAAACAUAAAAAUGUUGCUCCCAAAUGAUACAUUUAGAGGCAAGUUCAAUAUGGUUGCUCCCAAGUGAUAGUUUUUAGGGGCAAGUAUAAUAUGAUUGUCUCAAAUGAUAGUUUUUAGAGGCAACCAUGACUUAUAUGAUGCUAAAACAUACUUUUAGGGACAACGACAUAUAAGUUGCCUCGAAGAGUUGCCUCUAUAAAUCAAUUUUUUUGUAGUGCAACAGGAUGAUGUUUCCUGCGAUUCCGAUGUGAGUCGUUAUCGCUGUUGGCGUCAGAAUGUUCAGAGUGAGAAUCCCACUCACUCUGAACAAAGGAAGAUCGAUUUUCCUUCCAAAAGUACGAACUAGUAAUGUCAAAAAUGCUUACACUUACAAUUCUUGCUUAAAAGCUAAAUUGAAUUGAAAUAAAUUGAAGAAAAGUGAAGCUUAUGCCUUUCGUGAAUCCAUUCUUGCUGCUGCCGGCUCUUCUAACAGUAAAGGAAAGGAAAAUCGUUGCUUAGUCUUUGUGGUUGCUGCUGCAGUUAUGGAAGAGAAAACUUCUGGUUGCGGCUAAUUGAAAUCUACUGCGGCUAAUUGACGGAUAGCAGGACUUGUCUAGGAACAGAAAGAAUGAUGAAAAAAACUGCUGGUGCGGCUAAGUAAUUUCAGAAGUGGGAGGAAUGAAUGGAUUCCAGGCUGGGCUUCUUACUCCAGGAAAAACCCCAGCUCCUUAUUACUCUCUUUUUGGGCUGCUAUCAAUUAAACAAACUGCUGCUGUCCUUUUUUUUCAUUUUGGAUUGCACUUAACUUCAAAAAUAGUCCUUAAAUGACCCGGUCCAAACAUAUUUACCGCAAACUCGGCCUGUACAAUAACAACUCACCACACCCGCUAAUAAUAUGUAACUUUACAAUCAAAUUACUCCAAAAAUGUCAAAUUGUGUACAAAAAUACUACACUGAAUAUGAAUGCCACCGGAACCGAAAAAUAACAAAUUUUCACUCAAAACCCCCAAUAGUCACCCGAUUAAUUGUAAAAAUUAGACAAUUAACACCCAAAGCAUAGGUGAAAAGAUAGGAACGGAACGAGCCUAUCAAAUCUCUCCACACUUGAGCGUUGCUUGCCCCCAAGCAACAGUGCAUUAAUCCCACGGAAAACAAAAUAAUCACCUAUAACACCUGGUUCAAAAAUCAUUCACACCCAAAACAAACGAUUGCACAAGGUCUUUUCUUCCUUAACAACGAAACCAAGAUUCACAUGUUAAACAAUAUUUUCAAAAGUAAAGUCCCUCUCCAACCAACUGAAAUGUAAAGAAAAGCAUGAUGGUCCCAACGGUGUAGGUGUGUGAAAUUCAAACCACCAAUCAUUCCAAAAACCCAAGAGUUGUAUGAUAAAACUCGGAAUAAUCGUGAUUCUUUUUUUUUUUUGAAUACGAAAAGUUGACCAGGUUCUGGAUUACAGGACUGGUUCAAGCUCUAGGGCCUGGGAGUUUAUCUCAUUACUGUGUACUCAACUCUCGCGAGAUGAGCAGAGCCCCAUUUCGGGGAUGAAAUUCUCGACACACGAAGUGUAACCCCAUUACAAGAAUCAGUUACCUACUUAGCAUGAAGUUAUCCCGAUAUGCUUAGAAAGCAGAGCUCCUUACGGAGUAAGGAUUUUCAACACCUGGCCAGUCAAGGAAUUAUUGAUGACAAACAAGUGAAUCACGAGUAAACACCGAAUUUAAUCAACACAAAUCAAACCAUCCAACAUGCCAACAUUUCCCAAGAAUAUACACACCACCCCGAUGAUUACACCAUUACUAAUCCUUUCCAAGAAAGAUGGAGGAGAUGGAAUAUUACAAAAGAAAAUAAAGAUUAACAAGUUACCUCUGUUGCGUUGCUAAACCAGAAAAGAACUCGGACACCUCAAAAUGUUGUUGGGCAGAAUAACUUCAUCACCAAAUGCCAUGUUCAAGCUAAAACCAAACCUCCCCACACUUAGGGUUGACAUCGCCCUCGAGGUCAAAGAAAAGAUAUAAAAGCAAAAAUAAAGAGGGCAAGUUAAAGAAUAAAAUGGUUUUCAUCCCGGAAGCACAUCAUAAUUAGAAUAAUAAUCGACACAAUUCAACAAAGGAGUAAUAUGACAGUAAGCACACAUUCUUAGCAGCGUAGUAAAAGUUGGCAGAAUACCGUACAAACAAAACGACGAUGAAUAACCUCCGGAAUAAGGCUGAAAGCAGUCUCCUCGAUGCACGCAUGCCGUUGAAUCCUGCACACAGUCUGCCUCGUACGCUACUUGAAGUCCUUCAACUCUUGAGAAAGCGUGGCAAGUGUGCCAUAACUGUGAACUGCCCAUUUAUGCUGCCAAAGCUUGCUGGUAAACCAAAAGUGAGCUGCGGGAGCUACUCUGCCUGCACCUAUGCCGGUUACCGAACUCAAUAAGUGUAUUGAAAUUGCUUCCCUUCAAUCUGAACCAGAUAAGAGUGUGUGGCAUCCAACUGGUUCCUCCCUCAUGUACUGUGAUGCUUAUGCUGACAGAAAACGGCCAAGCACCAGCUGUUCUGGCCUCAAAAGUCGGCAUCUCACACCGUCCAAAAUCUCCCAGAAUCUGCCAGAAAUGUUCCUCUGCUGCUGCCAAGUUUCUGUCCAGCGAAACCCCAACUCCUUGAACAUGUGUAGGCCUCUAACCAUUGCCCUGCAAGUGUUUGAAGUUGCGUCCAGCUCUCAUACCGCUUUCGGGCUUGCUGCAAAGUAAUCUGCAGCUGACAGCCCUGAGGAGCUCCAUCCUCACCUGUCUAUGAUAACCAUGCAGCACCUGCAAUUCAGAGCAAAGAGAUCCACCCGCACAACCACAAGAUGAAAACAUAAAAACAACGGGAACAAGAAUGCAAAAACAAGAAAUAAUUUCCUAAUUCUUUUUUUUUUUGAAUGAAUUUUUUUUAUGGUGGGUUGCCUCCCAGAAGCGCUUCUUUAACGUCACUAGCUUGACAAUAAGCCCUCAUUCCUAACUUGGCUCAAGGCUUAAAACCUCCUUAAAGUCACCGAUAAACUCUUCAAAGAUAGCUAUCAUUCCACGCAUAAAUGUGACAGGGACAUUGCAUAGAUCAAAAGACAUCCAACGAGAUGCAUAUGUCUCAAAUGGGCAAGUGAAAGUAGUCUUUUCCUGAUCAACGGGAUCAACGUGUAUUUGAAAGUACCCGCUCAUCACGUAAAGGAAACAAUAAUAAGCAUGCCCUGCCAAACUCUCAAUCAACUGAUCAAUAAAAUGUAAGGGAAAGUGAUCCUUCCGGGUGGCCUCAUUCAGUUUACGAUAAUCAACGACCAUCCGCCACCCGGUCACAGUCCUACUAGGUAAGAAUCCCCCCUUCUCACACUUGAUUUUGUGGGUACAGAAGGUCGGGCUGAUCAAAUGAAGAUCCUCAAGCUUACGAGCAAUGACUUGCUUUUGACGCCUAAGGACUUUCAACAUUUUUUCCUUCUGUCCCGAAUCUAACUGAGCCGAAAUAAUGAUAGGGCAUUGGCCCUCUGUAUCCAAAAAUGCAUACUCUAGGUGACUAGGGAGUGGUUUGAGUUCAGGAGUAACCUUAUUAGUGGGAUGCUCCUCAAACUCAGUAAGCAAAUCAGGGAAAAUAUCAUCCCUAAUCACCUGCUCGCAGUCAACAAUCAUGUUUUCUUCAUUUCUGGCAACAACAUCCCCCAUAUAAUGAAUGUCACUAUCUGGUGGGGUAAUAUCACUAUCGCCUCCAAACAAAUACCCCUCCACUAACUCAAACAUAUCAAGAUAAUUGCAUGAUUCAGUGGGGUCUGAGGCCUUACUCGUCACCUUUGAGAGUUUGAAAGUACACACAUCAUCUCCAACUCUCAGAGAAAGUGAACCAUCAGCAACAUCAACAAGGGCCCUAGCAGUAGCUAGAAAGGGCCUCCCCAAAAUAAGUGGAGUCUCACAAUCUUCCUCCAUGUCCAUGACCACAAAAUCGACAGGGAAUAUGAACUUUUGCACCCGUACUAAUACAUCCUCUAGAAUUCCUUUCGGGUAUUUCACCGAUCGGUCCGCUAGCUGGAGGCUCAUACGAGUGGGCUUAAGUUCACCCAAGCCAAGUUUCAUGACCACAGAGGAAGGCAUCAAAUUGAUGCUCGCUCCCAGAUCAGCUAAAGCAUUAUUAAACUUAAAAUUUGUAAUAGAACAAGGUACAAGAAAACUCCCUGGAUCUUUUAGCUUCGGUGGCAUGGUCGUUAGAACAACUGCUGAACAUUCUGCAUUGAGAUCCACAACUUCGGGCUCUUCCCACCUCCUCUUUUUCGUGAGGAGGUCCUUUAGAAACUUCGCGUACCUCGGCAUCUCUGUCAAUGCUUCCAUGAAUGGCAUAUUGAUAUGGAGCUGCUUCAGAUGCUCCAUGAAUCUGAUCAAGUUCGUGUUAUCGUUGUUUCUCUUCACCCGUGUAGGGAACGGGAGGGGUGGAGUCUUCUUACUCUCCUUUUUCUUAUGAGCUUCUUCAUUCUGGACUUCUUCACUCUUGGCUGGAAUAGGGGCAGCCACUGGUUCUUCUUCAACCUGGGAUUUGGGGCCUUGAAGCUGCUGGUCAUCAUCUUGUUGAGGCAUUGGCGGAGUAGAAACUUCUGGAAGUGUUCUCCCGCUUCGUAGCAUAACAGCUUGCACAUGCUCCCUUGGGUUAGGUUCUGUUGAACUCGAAAGGCUGCCCGUUUCUCUAGGAGCAAGUGAACCAAGCUGGCGAAUGAGAGCUUCCAAAUUGCUGAAACGUUGAUGCAUAUCAGCCUGACUUUUGGCUAAUUCAGCCACUGUUUUCUCCAACGCCGAACUUACAAGAGGCUGCUCAAGCUGUCUUUGAUGAGGCGGGACAUAAGCGGGCUGGUUUGGAUGGCCUCUAUUCUGGAAAUUUGCUUGAAAAUUAGGGGCAUUCUGAUGCCCUUGAUUCUGAUUUUCAGGCCUCCACGUGCCUCCUGCUUGCUGAAAGUUUCCUCUCUGACCUUGAUUGUUGAAAAAUUGUCCACCUCCUCUCUGGCCUUGACCAUAUUCCAUGAAAUUGACGUUCUGGACCACUGGUGAUGCCUGAUUCUGAACAUAAAGAGGACAUGUGUGAGUGAGGUGAGCUCCCAUGCACAUCUCGCAAGAUAAAGCGAGUUCUUGGCCGGUUGGGCUUGGAUAGCUUGCUCGAACAGGAAGUGGGGCAGAAUACAUAGGAUAAGAGGGCUGAUAUGCCCCAAUAAUAUGAGCCUGCUGCUGCUGAGAGGUUUGUGCCUUCAAGUCUUUCACGUCCACUGCCAGUCCCUCAAUCUUCGCUAUAAGUGCAGUGAUGGGAUCAAGAUUGAGCAAACCGGGUGGAUUUUGAACUCUCUCUUUGCCCGCAUACCAAUACUUAUCAUUUGAGGCCAGGUUCUCAAUUAUUUUCUCUUCUGCCUGUGGGGAUAAUUUUAGAAACAUACCCCCCUGAGCUGCCCGGUCCAGUUCUCUCAUAUACUCCAACCGAAGCCCAUUAUAAAAUCUGCACAUAAUUGUUGCUGCAUUCAUGAAUGUUUCAGGGCACUUCCUUUUCAACGUCUUCAGCCUAUCCCAUGCUUCACUGAAAGUUUCGGUUGGAGCUUGAGUGAAAUUGAGAAUUUCCGUCUGAACCUUGAUAGCGGCAGAGGGAGGAAAAUACUCCUGCAUAAAUGCUUGAUGAAGCUUCUCCCAUGUAUCAAAGUGCCCGUUUGGAAAGCUACGGAGCCACUGUGAAGCUUUGUCUCUCAAUGAGAAUGGGAAUAAAGUCAGCCUGACUGCCUCACUGGACACUCCAUUAUAUUUGAAUGUGGCACAAGUUUGAAUAAAGCUCUCGAUAUGCUCCAUUGGAUCUCCAUUGGAUUAUUAGCAAGCAUCUGAAUCAUGGCUGGCUUGAUUUCAAAUUUGUUGGCCUCAAUGGUGGGUGCACCAAUGCUAUUUCUCGCCACAUAAUUAGGCGUCAACGUCUCCAGAGUUGUCUGAUCAGCCAUCUUGUCCAAGUGUUCUAGCAAUCUCCUUUUAGCUCGUCCUCGGAAUAAGCGCUCAGGAUCAGAAUAACCUGCAAUUAAAUCUUGUUCCCCCGAGGAGCGAGUGCGCAUACACUGGUUCCUGCAGCUUAGUUCACGUGCAAAGAACACCAAAAACGACAAACAAAUAACAGAAAAAAUAGAAAGUCUCACCGACUUGCUUUUACCUAUUCCACAGAAAAGUACUUAACAAACAACCGUACCACUCCCCGGCAACGGCGCCAUUUGAUCGGUGUAUUUUAUAGUGAGUAAAACGUAGUUGGCUAAUCCGAAGAAUAACCAGACCACGAGUAUCGUCUCUCAAGGAGUGGCAAAAAGGAAGUUUUAAAUACAGUCCGUGAUCACAGGCUAGCAUAAGUCAUGGUAAUCUUUCCGAAUAAAUAUUUUUUGAGUGGUUUGAAAAUAAAACUGACUAAUAAACUGACUAAUAGCGAAUGCAAAAAUAAGUAGAGAGGAAAACAAAUAAUUAAAUUAAUUCUAGAUAUAAAAGCAGGGUUCAAAUUGGAUGGUUCGGGUUCUGGGUGUUCUUUCCGGAUUAGAAUUAAGUAAAUUAAUUUUCAAUUAUUCCUGGACAGAAAAUGAAAUAAAUUCUCAUAGACAAGAAUUAAAUCAUAUUUCGACAAUCCUAACUUAUUUCUAAGAUCAGAUUGCUUGUAUAAGAUUCAAGCUAAUUUAACUCAAUUUCUCAUAGACAAGAACUGAAUUAAAUCCAAAGAUUCAUAUAUGAGGUGAUCAAAUUCAUAUAGACAAUUAUGAUUAAUCUUAUACAAAUUUUCCAGAAAAUUAAUUGAAUUUCAGAAAAACUAAAUUCACAUCCUCAAGAACCCAUGAACCCUAGCCCCAAUUCAAACCCUAUAUGGAAUUAGCUACUCAUAAUUAAAAUUAACAUCACAAUAACAUUUAUAAACAUGAUACGAAGCUAGCAAAAAAACUAGAGUAUGACUAUUUAAUGGAAAGAAACUGAAAUUAUAAGUUGGAGAUGAACAAAUUCAAAAUUCAAUCCAAAAGUACGAACUAGUAAUGUCAAAAAUGCUAACACUUACAAUUCUUGCUCAAAAGCUAAAUUGAAUUGAAAUAAAUUGAAGAAAGUGAAGCUUAUGCCUUUCGUGAAUCCAUUCUUGCUGUUGCCGGCUCUUCUAACAGUAAAGGAAAGGAAAAUCGUUGCUUAGUCUUUGUGGUUGCUGCUGCAGUUAUGGAAGAGAAAACUUCUGGUUGCGGCUAAUUGAAAUCUACUGCGGCUAAUUGACGGAUAGCAGGACUUGUCUAGGAACAGAAAGAAUGAUGAAAAAAACUGCUGGUGCGGCUAAGUAAUUUCAGAAGUGGGAGGAAUGAAUGGAUUCCAGGCUGGGCUUCUUACUCCAGGAAAAACCCCAGCUCCUUAUUACUCUCUUUUUGGGCUGCUAUCAAUUAAACAAACUGCUGCUGUCCUUUUUUUUCAUUUUGGAUUGCACUUAACUUCAAAAACAGUCCUUAAAUGAUCCGGUCCAAACAUAUUUACCGCAAACUCGGCCUGUACAAUAACAACUCACCACACCCGCUAAUAAUAUGUAACUUUACAAUCAAAUUACUCCAAAAAUGUCAAAUUGUGUACAAAAAUACUACACUGAAUAUGAAUGCCACCGGAACCGAAAAAUAACAAAUUUUCACUCAAAACCCCCAAUAGUCAC